GAGCAGGUAUUGACCCGUUUUACACCCUAAAAUAUUGUUAUUACCUGAUGUAGGAACACUAAUUCUGCACAAAAAUAUUUUUUUCAAAAUUUUCUGACAUCGUUUUAGUGAAUAAAUCGAUAAAAAACGCACGCUUUUAGAGCGAAUUUGCUGACCUACAUAAAAACAAGUCACCGUGACCAUAUAGCCUGUCACAGGCUGCCACGUAUUUGGUAGAUCUGGGGUUGACCUAUAUAAUACACGAGACCCGCUUUCUAUGUCAGUCUGAAAUUGAUUAUUGUUGUUCUCUAUAAAAGCGUCCGUAUUGUAUCAUGGUUAAAAAGUGUGUUGCCCAAAACUGCUCAAACUCGAAGCAUACUGGGCACAGCUUGCAUAGGUUUCCGCAAAAACCUAAUUUACGUCGCCAAUGGGUGAAAUUUGUGCAAACAAAAAGGAAGAAUUUCAAUGCACCCUCACCAUCGUCUCAGGCCGUUCUUUGUGGGGCACACUUCGAGGAAGAUUGCUUCGCAUCCCCGCUUAUGAACGCGCUGGGUUUAAAGACGAAAAGGACGUUGAAGGAAGAUUCUGUCCCUACCAUUCAUGCGACAAUGAAACGACCACACACCGGAGAAAGUGAACAGUUCGAGAAGACGGUAAAGCGUCGUGUGAAGGUCGUUCAGAAGCGUGAAGUAUCCAGGUUACUAGAUGGAUUGGAGACAGGAGAAGCCUCUCAAAAUGACAUGCCCUGUUUAGAAGAACCACUAGCCAGCACUUCACAGUCCCCACAGUCCCCACCAUCCCCACCAAGUCAGCUGCCUGAAGUAUCAGCUACACGGACCAUUGGAACUCAGUGCUCUGAGAGAAGAUUACAUUAUCGUAGCAAAGAGACCAUGACAACAAGAGAUAACUUGAAAGAUGUUGGAACUCAGUAUGAGUGUUUAGUGUCUUUCAAGGAAUCUUCAAGUUCAACCCCAGUGAAAACAAUGCCAGCACCNAUCGUUUGA